CCCUUUUAUACAUUGCCCCUUCCGUCUUUCUUCAAGCAAAAAGAGAUCAAGUCAUGCGAAGAACUGUCCCUUUGUUACUCAUAGCGGUAACAUUUGCCUUUUUAUUGACGACACUGGUGCAAGCAGCUCGAGAUUUUUACGAAGUACUCGAUGUACCACGCGAUGCGACAAAAACUCAAAUAAAGCGACAUUUUAAAAAACUAUCUAGAGUCUAUCAUCCAGAUAAAAACUCAGGUGAUGAGGAAUCAGCACAGAAAUUCAUGGAGAUCGCUAAUGCUUAUGAAGUACUCAUGGACGAUGAAAAAAGAGCCAUUUACGAUCGAUAUGGUGAAGAAGGCUUAAAGCAAGGAGGCGGCGGACGCGGUGGUGCCAAUAUGUUCCAUGAUCCAUUCGAUAUCUUUUCACAUUUCUUUGGAGGCGGACACCGACAAGGUCAGCAGCAUCAAGAAAGAAGAGGGCCCAAUAUUGCCGUGCCUCUUCAAGUCAGUUUAGAAGAUUUAUAUAAUGGAGCAGAAAUUGAAGUGGAUGUCUCAAAGCAAGUGCUUUGCGAUCAUUGUCAUGGAAGUGGGGCUCGUAAAGCUGAAGACAUUCAUACCUGCGAUGUUUGCAACGGCAGAGGCAUUGUGAUAAAACGACAACAAUUCGGACCAGGCAUGAUCCAGCAGUUCCAGCAAACCUGUCAAAAGUGUAACGGAAAGGGCAAAGUUAUCACUCAUAACUGUCCUGUUUGUAAUGGUCAAAAAGUGCGAAGAGGAAAUGAAAACUAUUCGAUCACCAUAGAAAAGGGCAUGCAUGAUGGCCAUAAGAUUGUUCUAGAAGAGGAGGCAGAUGAGUACCCUGAAACUAUUCCGGGUAACAUUAUAUUUGAAGUAAAGACAGCACCUCACCCCGUCUUUGAGAGACGUGGCAAUAAUCUAUACACGAUACAGCACAUUAAUUUGAUUGAUGCACUUGUGGGCUUCAGAAAGACAUUAAAACAAUUGGACAAUUCAGAAGUAGAACUUGUCAGAGAAGGCGUAACACAAUAUGGAUUUGUACAGACUAUUCCGGGUCAUGGUAUGCCUUUUGAAAAUGAACCGAGUAGAAAGGGUGACCUUUUUGUCGAAUAUCAGAUUAUAUUCCCUACAGAAAUCGAUGAUGAAACUAUUGAAUUUCUGAAGAAAGGCAGCAAAUUCCCUGCAAAGCUUCCAAUGAAUCAUCAGGAGCUUUAGAUAAAUAACUUAAACACUAUACAUAUAAUUGUUCUAUAGACAGUAUACUUUGACAGUUAAAAUAUAUCCUUGAGUCUAGUUUGA